AUGAAAUCAAAAGUUGCUAUAGUUACCGGCGGUACCAGAGGGAUUGGAGAAGCCGUGUCAAUAGCAUUGAACGGUGCCGGAUUCAAGGUUGCCGCAAAUUAUGCAGGAAACCAUAAUCGCGCGCAAGACUUCAAUGCGCGAACCGGUAUUUCAAUCUAUCCGUUUGAUGUAAGCGACUUUGAACAAUGUAAGGCUGGGGUUGAAAAAAUUACCAGCGAGCUCGGUGAAGUUGAUGUUCUCGUGAACAAUGCCGGAAUUACCAGAGAUCGGACGCUGCAUUCAAUGGAUUUCGAGCAAUGGAAUAGUGUGUUGCAGACAAAUCUGUCUUCAUGUUUCAACAUGUCUAGAUGCGUAAUUGAAGGUAUGCGGGAAAGAGGUUUCGGGCGUAUUGUGAAUAUUGGUUCGGUAAAUGGACAAGCGGGCCAGUACGGUCAGGUAAAUUAUUCUGCCUCCAAAUCCGGCAUACAUGGAUUUACCAAAGCUUUGGCAAAGGAAGGGGCCGGUAAAGGAAUCACGGUUAAUGCAAUCGCCCCCGGUUAUGUGGAUACCGACAUGGUGCGUGCGGUUCCUGAAAAGGUGCUGGAGAAAAUUAUUCUCACGAUUCCAGUCAGAAGACUGGGCCGAGCUGAAGAUAUUGCCAGAGGCGUGAUGUUUCUAGUUGACGAGAAUGCAUCGUUCAUCACCGGGUCAACGAUUGACAUCAACGGCGGUCAGCAUAUGUAUUGA